UGCUCAGUUGUUGUCCAGCUGUCGUCGCACCGCAGACAACAUGGCUCGCGUUUUCACUCCGAUCCUGAUCCUACUGCUGGUGCUGGCCACCACCCAUGCGGCCGUUGUCCGCCAGUUCCCGCCGUUCGAGCGGCAGCAGCAGCAGUUGAUCGAGAAUCCCAAUCUGCGUGUGGCUCAACGCGCCGAUGAGCAGACCUAUCGGCUGCCCAAUAACACGGAGCCUUUAGAGUACAAUAUCGAUCUAACCACGAAUGUGCACGAUGGCACGACUGAAUUUCAAGGAACUGUGACCAUCACGGUGAAAGUUCUGGAGACCAGCUCGGAUAUUGUGGUACAUGCCCGACAACUAGCGAUUCUGGGAGCGACAAUCCGCAAGAGUGAUGCAGCUGAGUCAACUGCUGUGGCACUUGACAUCGUUGAGGAUAAAGAGCGCGAGUUCUUGCACCUGUCCGCCUUGGGUCUAACCUUUGAAGAGGACUCCAUCUGGCUGGUCACCAUUAAAUACACGGGCAAUCUGCGCUUGGACAAUGGCGGCUUCUACCUAUCCCGCUACACUGAUGAGACUGGUGCUACGAAAUACCUGGCCACCACUCAGUUCGAGAGCACCGAUGCCCGUCACGCCUUCCCCUGCUAUGAUGAGCCAGCCAAGCGUGCCAUCUUUACAAUCACCAUACAUCACGAUCCCAGCUACAAUGCCAUCAGCAAUAUGCCAGUGGAUGUGGCCAAGUCGAGCCCGGGUGUUACGGCCUUCCAGCCCACUGUCAAAAUGCCUAGCUAUUUGGUGGCCUUCAUUGUAUCGGAGUUUGUGUCUUCAGAGGGUGAGCUUAACGGCCUGCCCCAGCGCGUCUUCUCCCGCAAGGGCACCGAGCAUGAGCAGGAAUGGGCCUUGACCACUGGCAUGUUGGUCGAGAAACGUCUCUCUGGCUAUUUCGGUGUACCGUUCGCUCUGCCUAAACUGGAUCAGGCAGCUAUACCCGAUUUCGCUGCUGGCGCCAUGGAGAACUGGGGCCUGGCCACAUAUCGCGAGGAAUAUCUGCUGUACAAUGUGGAGAACUCUACAACUAAUACACAGACAAACAUUGCCACCAUUGAGGCGCACGAGGAUGCGCACAUGUGGUUCGGUGAUCUGGUGGCCAUCGAAUGGUGGAGCUAUCUCUGGCUCAAAGAGGGUUUUGCCACGCUCUUCGAGAACUUGGCUGUCGAUUUGGCCUAUCCAGAAUGGGAUAUAUUCCAGACUUUCCAUACUGGCUCAUAUCAGAGCGCCAUGAUAAGUGACGGCAAUCCCUCAGUGCGCCCUAUGACCUACUACGUGGAGAAGCCUUCGGACAUUUCGUUGCUCUAUGACUCAAUUGCGUAUGCCAAGGCAGGCUCUGUGCUGGACAUGUGGCGUCACGCCCUUACCAACACCGUCUUUCAGCAGGGUCUUCACAACUAUCUGGUGGAGAAGGCCUAUUCCGCUGCCAAUGAGACGGAUUUGUUCAAUGCCAUUGCGCUAGCCGCUCGCGAAUUGAACUAUGAGGUGCCAGCUCUUGUGGACGACAUGAUGACCAGCUGGACCCGCCAGGGGGGACUGCCACUGCUGACUGUGGAGCGCAACUAUAACAAUGGAUCCUUCACCGUCAAGCAGGAGCAGUACACCAACAACAAGGACGCCAAGGGCGACAAGACCUGGUACGUGCCAGUGAACUAUGCAUUGCAAUCGAAUCCGGAUUUCCGUCGCACUGAGGCCACUCACUAUCUGCACAAGGACCAGGAGUUGAGCAUCAACGAUACCGCGCUGAAGAGCGAUGACUGGCUGAUACUGAACAAACAGUCCACGGGCUACUAUCGCAUCAACUAUGAUACACAGAACUGGCAGCUGAUCAGUAACGGUUUGGCCGAUCGUCCGCACAAGAUUCAUCCGCGUAAUCGCGCCCAGCUGAUUGAUGACGCAUACCGUUUCGCUACAAGCGGUCGCCUGUCACAUAAUGUGCUCCUUCAGCUGUUGACCUACCUGCCGCAGGAAACUCAAUAUGCACCCUGGUCAACGGUUAAUUCCGUGAUCAGUGUAUUCAAUCGCUAUCUGAGCGGUGAUGAAGCCUACGAGAAUUUCCAAUUCUAUGUUGCUGCAUUGGUCAGCGAGCAGUUCGAUAAGUUUGGCGUGAACGAUCAGAGCGGAGAGCAACACUUGGUCAAGUUCACCCGCAACGCGGUCAUUAAUGUGGCCUGUCUGGCCGGCUUGAAGAGCUGCCUGGAUGAGACAAACGCCAAGCUGCAAGCCUUGAUCAAGUACGGCACCCCGAUCGAACCCAAUCUACAGACGCCCGUCUACUGCAAUGGUCUCAAGCAGGCCGACGAUACAACCUUUGACUUUGUCUACGACAAACUGAUGCAGUCAAACAACCAGGCCGAGCGUCGUCUGCUCAUCUCAGCCCUGGGCUGCGCACAGAAUGAGAAGCAGCUGGAGAAAUACGUUUCCAGCAGCAUCGAUACGAAUAACCAGCUGCGCACUCAGGAGCGCUAUACGCUACUCACUCCCACCUACUCUCGUGGAUCGGUGGGUCUGAAUGUCUGCAUCGAUUUUCUGCUCAAUAAUUGGGAGAAGUAUGCCCAGCUGAAUGCUGGCUUUGGUGGCGUUAACCCACUAUACUCUGACAUUCUGGGCAUGUCUUCGUAUGUGGUCAACGACGGCCAAAGGGCUAAGCUGCAGGAACUGAUCGAUGCGGUCAAAGACUCCGACUAUGUGCCCGCAACACUUCAGGCAAGCGUGGACACUAACGUUGAGGCGAACAUGGCCUGGCUGGCUUCCAACCGGGGACCCAUCAUUUCCUGGGUAACAUCCUUCCGUAACGGCAGUCCCGCUCUGACAGCAUCUGUGCUAGCCAUGGCGCUGUGCCUCUUCGUCGCCAUGUUCUUCUAAGAUGUAUUUUGUAGGACUCACUAAGUUAAUUUAAGGUAUGACUACCUCGCUUGACCAAUAUGAAUGUAAAUAAAUUUCCGAUUCUACCGUUUCUCAAUAAAAAAUAUUCAAAUCAAA